AUGAAGUUAGUAAUUUAGUAACUUGAUUGACUAUAUCGAGAUUUGAAUGUAUAUAAAUUCAGCUAUAUAUUCAACAUUGUUGCCAAAUUUACUUUUUCAUAAUUUGUAUCUAAACUAGAUGCUUGUUAUUGUAUUAUACAAAAUUUAAUGAAAUAAAUAAAAUAAAUAAAUAAAAAAAAUUAAUUUAAAAAAAGGAACAAAAAAAAGAAAUUUGUACUUGUUAUUUAUAAAAUUAUGUUAAAACCAAAAGCUUUAACACAAGUGCUUAGUCAAGCUAAUACUGGUGGCGUAGAAAAUACAUUAUUAUUAAAUAGAGAUGGUGGUUUAUUAGCUUAUAGUGGUUAUGGUGAUAAGGAUGCAAGAGUAACUGCUGCUAUUACAAGUAAUAUUUGGUCAGCUUAUGAAAAAAAUGGACGAAAUGCAUUUAAGGAAGAUGAAUUGCAAUUUAUAUUGAUGGAUUGUGCGGAGGGCAAAGUUGUAAUCACUGAAGUAGCAAAUUUAUUACUAUGUUUGUAUGCUAAAGAAAAUGUGGGAUUUGGUUUAUUAAGAGAAAAAGCACAAGCUCUGGCAAGAUAUCUUGAUAAACCAUUGAAAACAAUAGCCAAUAUGCCUUAAUCAUUAUAUGUUUAAAAAUAUAUAUUAUUAUCUAUAAUAUUUAAUUUUAUAUUCUAAUAUUUAUAAUUUUUUGUAAAAAUGAAUUCUUAGUACUAUCUUGUAAAUAAUAUUUUUUCAAUUAAUAAAAAUUUUAUGUAUUAGAA